AUGAUGGAACUUAGCCAUAGUCUUACACUUAAUGAAGAUGCUUUGAAGCAAAUUCCUGAAGCCAAGAGACCAGUUUUUAUUUUCGAAUGGCUUAGAUUUCUUGACAAAGUUUUAGUUGCUGCACAAAAAUCUGACAUAAAAGAAUGUCAAAAAAAAUUAGUAGAUCAGUUAACGGAAGUAAUGGAAGCUUCACCGGGACCCCCAACGAGAAAACUUAUUGCAAGAUGCUUAGCAACUUUAUUUAGCGUUGGCGAUACGUUUUUAUUGUUUGACAGCGUGAACAAAUGCAAUGAUAUUAUAAGAAAUAAAGAUGAUUCUCCAAGUUUUCUUCCGACUCGAUUGGCUGCAAUUUGUUGCGUCGGUUACAUGUAUGAAAAACUUGGGAGAAUGAUGGGAAGAUCUUAUGAGGAAACCGUACAAAUUUUAAAUAAAGCUUUAAGAAACGCUGAAUCCCAAACAAGAAUCGAAGUCAUGCUUACUUUUGAAAAGGUUUGUGCCGGUAUGGGAAAUGCCAUUAGUAACGUUCAUAAAGAUAUUUACAAAUCGGCUAGACAUUGCAUGACGGACAGAGUUAUGGCGGUAAGAAGUGCUGCUGCCAAAUGCCUUUUAGAAAUGUUAAAUCACGCUCCUUUUUUAUACACUACCGAACUUGAAAACCUUGCCAGCUUGUGUUUUAGAGCUUUCGAUGGCUCAAACUAUGAAGUUCGUUGUUCGGUGGCUAAACUUUUAGGUGCACUCGUUGCUAGUACUCAAAGGCAACUUAAAGGUUCUGGUACAUCGGGACAACAACAAUCUGUGAAAACAAAUAAAACUAUGUCAUUGGAAGAUGCUCUCGGAAUUUUAAUGGCCGGUUUUCUUCGUGGCGGUGUUAGUUUUUUAAAAGGAACAGGAGAAAUUAUUAAGGGAAGCUCAGGAAUCAACCGUGAAGUUCGGGUUGGAGUUACGCAUGCUUACGUUAUAUUUGCUCAAAUGUUGGGGAAUGUUUGGGUUGAACGCAAUCUUCCCGUUUUUUUAGCUCACGUAUUGGAUCUUGCUGCAAAUCCUAAAGCAGCAUCAUCGCAUGUCGAUGCUGUGUAUUCAAGAAAAUGUAUAAAUUUCAUACUUCGUAGCGUUUUAGGAAGAAUGCUUGGAGAAAAAGCUCAAACAUCUGCUUGCAAAGAAAUUACUCUAGUUGUGGCAAAGCAAAUGAAUUCUAUCGAUUUUAAUCCUGAAAAUGCAAAAGACUGUAAUCAAGAGACUUUGUUUAGUCAACAUUUGCUAGUGUGUGCUCUAUUAGAAAUGGGAAACUUGCUCUUGGGUCUCGGCACGGUGGCACAAAAUCUUAUAUCAGAUCAAUCUCUAAAUCUAGUCGAAACUGUUUGUGUUGUUCUCGUACACCCUUGUCAAGCAGCAAGAUUAGCCGCUGCGUGGUGUCUUCGUUGCAUUUGCGUUGCAGUUCCAAGUCAGAGUACUCCUUUAAUUGAUAGAUGCAUUGAAAGUAUAGAAAAUUUGAAAGCUUCUCCGGAGGGAAUAAGUGGUUACAGUGGAGCACUCGCGGCUGUUCUCGGUGGAGUAAGGUUAUCGCCAUUAGGAGUACCCCAUACGAAAGGAAAAGUAAUUUUUAACACCGGAGAAGAAUUACUUCGCAGUGCCAGUCAAAAUAGUCGUUUAUCAUUAAAUAGAACCCACGCUGGUUGGUUAUUAAUUGGAGGGAUAAUGAGUUUAGGAGUACCAGUCGUAAGAGGUUUAUUGCCACGAAUGUUACUUUUGUGGAGAAAUUCUUUUCCACGGUCAAAUAAAGAAUUGGAAUCGGAAAAAGCAAGAGGAGAUGCAUUCACGUGGCAGGUAACUUUAGAAGGUCGAGCGGGUGCACUUUCUGCCAUGCAUAGUUUUAUACAAAAUUGUCCCGAGCUUGUUAAUGAUGAUAUUAUCAGACGUUUGCUGACUCCGAUUGAAUCAGCCUUGGCAAUGCUAACCAACAUAUCGACGGUUCUUAAAACAUACGGCCAGCAUUUAAAGGCACCUGCUGCAAUGGUUAGAUUAAGGCUGUAUGAAACAUUAUCGCUUUUACCACCUCAUUCUUUUGAGGGCUCCUAUACUCAUCUUUUAAGAAUGUUGGUAUCUGAAUUUGCACUGACCGAAAAUCCAGCCAACACUACGACAUCAUUGUUGAGAGGGCUUUGUCAUGCCGAUGAUUCCGUUAUACUAGGAACUUGUUUACAAGAAACUGAUCAUCAUACGAUUGAGGAUCAGAUGGAACCUAACAGGAAAGGUGAUGGGGAUCAUGUGAUUCAUUUCAGUGCCGCCGGAUCUGGCGCUUUAGAACACGAUCCAUGUUGUCUAUUUCGGCCUCUCAAACCUGAAGAAGUUAUACCGGGUCCUUUACCCUUAGGAGUUGCCGUUAUUGAUAUGUCCGUGUGUUUAUUCGGACAGAUAUUUUCUAGAGUGGCUAAUAAACAUCGUCUUCAGGUUUUGGAACACUUUUCCGAAUGCAUCAAACACGCGAAAGCAGCAAGGCAAGAAGCUGUUCAAAUGAAUUUAUUUUCAGCUUUACUCGGUGGACUCCGUGGUCUUACAGAAUCUAAAGCCAAUUUUAGCCAAGAAGAUGUUCAGCUUGCUGCUAUUUCAAUUAUAACAUCAUCACUCACCAGUUCUAAUUCUAUUCUUCGAUGUGCUGCUGGUGAAUGCCUGGGCAAAAUGGCUCAAGUUGUAAGCGAUGCAAGAUUUACGGCUAAUCAAGCACAAACCAGUUUCGAUCGUCUUAAAUCUGCUCGCGACGUUGCAAGUAGAACUGGCCAUUCUUUAGCUCUAGGUUGUUUACAUCGUUACGUGGGAGGAAUGGGUUCUAGUCAUCAUUUAAAUACUAGUGUUAGCAUUUUGCUAGCCUUAGCUCAAGAUUCUACUUCUCCCGUGGUUCAGGUAUGGUCGUUGCACGCGUUAUCUUUGAUAGCCGAUUCUGGAGGUCCAAUGUUCAGAGGUUACGUUGAACCUUCGUUAUCUUUAAUUUUAAAGCUUUUAUUAAACGUACCUGAAAGUUAUGUUGAUGUACAUCAGUGUAUUGGUAAAGUUUUGUCGGCUUUGAUAACAACUGUCGGACCUGAAUUACAGGGUAAUCCAAGUUCUAUUUGUAUGGCAAGAUCUUCAUUUUUAUGUGCAUGUGCGAUCAUGCAAGACCAUCAAGAUCCUUUAGUUCAAGCCGAAGCAACCGGUUGCUUACAACAACUUCACUUGUUUGCUCCCAGACAUGUUAAUCUAUCUACUCUGGUUCCUAAUUUAUGCAAAAAUUUGUCAAGCCAUCAUUUGCUUUUGAGAAAAGCGGCGGUGUCAUGUUUAAGACAGUUGUCUCAGAGAGAAGCAAAGGAAGUUUGUGAACACGCCAUGACUCUACGCACAUCUGAAAAGGAUACGUUAGAAGGCGAAGUUUUUAAUAUGACGGAAUUCGGUUUACCCGGUGUUCUUUUUUCAAUGUUAGAUACAGAAACAGAUUCUAAAUUAAUUAAGGAUAUUCAUGACACUUUAGCUAGUAUGCUUCAAGUCCUUGCUGCUGAAAACUUGAAUCUUUGGCUGUCUCUUUGUAAAGAUGUUCUUACUGUUGCAACGGAAACCAGCAUUUAUGAAGAGUCUAACAAUGCCACAACAUCGGAAAAUUAUGAAAAUGAAGGAGAUGAUGAUCAAGCUGAAUUUCAUGCCGGAAAUGAAUCAUCCAAUCAUUCCGCGAUUCAACCAAGAUGGCCUACCCGGGUUUUCGCGGCAGAAUGCGUAAGGAAAUUAAUUGCAGCCUGUCAGGGUAGUGAACCUGCUCAUUUCGAUUUGAUUUUGGCUAAGGAAUUACAAAUGACAAAACCUAGAGUUGACUUUUUGGUCUUACAUUUGUCCGAUCUUGUGAGAAUGGUUUUUAUGGCGGCAACCAGCGAUUCAGAUCCGUUGCGUUUAGAAGGUUUGAAAACUUUACAGGAAAUAAUUGACAAAUUUAGUUCUGUGCCAGAACCAGAAUUUCCGGGACAACUAUUACUAGAACAAUUUCAAGCUCAGGUGAGUGCAGCUCUACGACCUGCUUUUUCACCAGAAACAUCUUCCCUAGUUAGUGCUGCAGCUUGUCAAGUCUGCAGUGCUUGGAUCGGCUCAGGUGUGGCAAAAGAUUUAAACGAUCUAAGAAGAGUGCAUCAACUAUUAGUUUCUUCUUUAUCCAAGUUGGAGAGAAAAUCAAACUCCGUACAAUUAUAUAAUGAAAGUUUAGAAACACUAGAAAGAUUAGCCAUUUUAAAGGCGUGGGCAGAGGUUUACAUUGUUGCCAUGAUUGCGAACGGAUCUGCACCUGAUAGUGUAAGCGCUUCCAAAACAGCUUCUAUUUUAAACAUGAAUUCCUCAGUCGAAAAUGAAUGGUCCGAAAACAAGUCCAAACCUGGAAAUCUGUUAACUUUAGUUCAACCAGAAUUAGUCAGCUUAGCACAUUAUUGGCUCGCCGCGUUGAGAGAUUAUGCACUUUUAUCUUUGCCUCCUGAAUUUUCAAGUCAACUUCCACAUGACGGCGGAGCUUUUUAUACAACAGAUACCAUUGAACUUUCUCGACCGUAUUAUGCAGCUUCGUGGCCUCCGAUUCUUUUAGCCACUUCAUUUUGGUUAAACGCUGAUGGAUUUGACGUUCCUCGAACUAUAGAAACAAAAAAGAAUGAUACUUCGAUCAAGGAUUCCGCCGAAGAUAGAUUUCACUUAUUGUUUGGAAUUUGCAUGGAGGCUCUUUGUAGUCCGAGAUCUUGUGAGCCCACCGAAACAGUUUUAAUUUGCCUAAGAGCUUUACGUACAUUAUUUGACACGAGUGAACCGAGAGGAAUGUUAAUGAGAGAGAAAUCACUCGCCAUUGAAUUAUGCAAUGUUUUACAUAGAUUACUUUUAACUCAAGAUGAUGUAAACGUUCAACAAAUGGCUAUGGAAGUUUUAAAAUAUGUGAUAAAAGCUGCACAAGAAAAAUACGAUAGUGAAAAAAGCGAAAAAUCUAAAGAAAACGAAGAAGGGACGGAUAGUUUGAAUUUGGAUUUAUUAGGAGAAGGAGGAGAAAAUGGAGAAAUCGUACCGGGAAAAUCUUUAGUGUUUGCCGUAUUAGAAGUGUGCUUAUGUUUAUUAGUUCGACAGUUACCCCCCCUGAAUCCUACUCCGCUAGUGUCGUCUCCUUUAAGAUGUCAACCUCUCAAUAAUAAUUCUAGUAAAUUAGUUGCUUCCGCUCUCGGCAGCAUGGAAGAAUUAGUAAAUUUGUGUUCUCCUCAAGGAGCUCUAGCCAUUCUACCGACCAUUUUAUACUUGACGACCGGAGUCAUAAAAGAAACUGCGUCGAAAGCUUCGAACGAUACGACAAUUUUAGCUUCUACCACGCCGGUAUCCGCGGGAUUGCAUUGUUUGAAAACACUGACGAGUCAUAAAUAUUGCAGAGAUGAGAGAUCAAAAGACUUAUGGCAGAGACUUUUACAAAGCACACUUGCAAAGUUGAUAGAUUUAGCGAAAACGGGAAGUGAAAAAAGCAAAUUAGAUGAAUGCACGAUAAUUUUAGGGAUUGCCGUGUUGGUCCUUCACGCGCCUGCAGGAGUCGUGACGGUUCCAAAUUUACAAUAUCCUUGCAUAAAUCAUUACAGGCAAUGUUUGCAAAACAGUAAUAUACAGGUCAGGAUAAAAUGCAUCGAAACGAUGAGGAGAAUAUUCGCACAUUCUGAUCGAACGGUAUCAACCCCCUACAUUCAUGCUUUGGCUCCCAGAGUGAUUGAAUAUUUGUACACGGAAGAAAGUCGACAUUUUGAUUCCGAAGCCGAUUUGACUCUUACUUUAGAAAGUAUUCGAACAGUAGAUAGUCUCAUAACAAUAGCCGAACCUAAACACAGAAUACAAAUGCUUAAACUCUUGGUUCCCGUUUUGGUCAACGGUUUGUUGGAAGGUUUUGCAUUAAAAGAAGCCAACAAAUAUAGUAGGGCGUUAAAUGAACACUGCCUUCAGUCGUUGAUGGUUAUAGGACCACAAUAUCCAGAGGAAUUCAAAGCGUUGGUGUCACAAUCGUCGGAUUUGAGGAAAAAAUUAGAAUCUGCGAUAAAAAGUCAAAACAAUCAGCAAAAUCAAAAUAAGGGAAAAGCGGAAACGACGACCGUCAUAUCGAAAUCAUCGACAGCAUCUCAUCAAUCGCCAACGAUAAAACUCAAAACGGAUUUCAGUCAUUUUUCCAGUUGA